CAUUCUUAUAGGUACUUUACCUUAUUUGACGUUAUGGUUGACGGUUGUCAUUGUAAAUUACAUAGAGAAUAGCGAAUCUGACUUUCGUAGCGUGGUAUAUUUACUUACCAUGUGUUACACACGGAUAAGUACUCAUUAAUUACUCAUCCAUGAUUUGACCCUAUACGUUUACCUACCUACCUAUACAAGUGCGCGUCUAUUUGUUUUGAUUGUCAUUCCAUUGCUGCGUACGUAACUGUGUUCUCUUAACUCAUUUAAUUAUUUUUUUUUUCCUUGUACCUUUUUCUCUUUCGCUCUUGCUCUAAAUAUCCCCGUAAAAGUACGUCACGUGCAAUCUCUUCUGUAGAAAAUAUUUGUCCACCUCGUAUUAUUGAACUGUUCUUUAUCGGGCAUAUAUCAUAAUAUUACUUAGUGAGUAUAUAUUAUUAUUGUAGUAUUAUGGUGUGUGUUUGAAGCUGGGAGUUGGUAAGUUGGUAUAUAGGGCAUACAUUUUACACACCGCGAUGUUGGGUUGUGUGUUGGUGUGCGCAGAGAAGCUGCAGGCUGAUGAUUAUUGGUCUGCUAUCAAUGACGGGCGUUGACUUUGAAAGAACAUCGUUCAACAACAUUUCAAUGGCAAUGUCAUUAAUGUCCAAAACUAUUAGUUAGAAGAUAGUUACUACAGUUUGUGAAUAUUAGUAUUAAGUGGAAUUCACGAAAACAGAUUGCUCUGUACAGCUGCUAAAGAUUUCAAAGAUGACCUGAGUUUGCCAACAAGUCGGAGCAGCAUCAACAGAAAUUGACUCGGCUCCUCGUUAAUGUCAUAAACAUGCUACAAUCUCUGAUUAUUGAUUAUUUCUGGUGUUACUGGAUAAUCUCCAUCGCAGCACUCUUUUCCUUCAUUGGCCUUAUUGUUGCCUGUAUAUGUAGCUGUCGACACAAUGAUAACAAGAGUGAGUUUUUGGGGCUAGAGGGUAUGGUUACAAUAACUCAUCCUGACAAUGAAGAAUUCAGCAGAAUUGCAACAUGUUCAGAAGCAGGGCAAACAUAUCCACAGGACACAGUUGAUGGAGCUGGAAAAAGGAGCAACACUGCUAACAGGAGUUUGCCAGAUAUUCCAAAAGAUAGAAAUGCAGAAUGUGAAGUUGAUGUUGAAUCAAGAGAUGCAAUUUACGAAGUAACAGAAAACAUCAGUGGUGAUCCAUCUGACCUAUAUGCAACUGUUCAGGAUAAAAAUAAAGAAAAAAAAGACAAAAGGGAUAAUCAAAGCAUAUCGCAACAAAGCUCUCAGGAUGAAACUGCAAGUUUGUAUGCUAGGCUCAAAACUCCACAAACUAGCACUGAAGAACAUCCAUAUGCACAAGUUCACAAUGUUCCAAAGACUGAAAGCAAUCAGCAUCCUAGCACCAGCCACACAAUCGAUUUGGCACAACCUUCGACGAGUGGAGUAUUACCAGUUGCUCCACCAAGAAGUCGUCGAUCCUCAUCGCACAAUUCCCUACUAGAACAGCCGAUGAGCGCUGAUAUACCGGCUGCUACUGCCAUUACUGGUGGUGUUCAAGCCAACCAAGACUUGCCAUACAUGACACCACCCAUACUGAUGUCCCUACCUCAGCCUCCACAGCCAGAGAACAACAAUUUGCAACAGCAACACUUUAGUGGCGAUUCCCAAGAUUCAAAAGGCUACACGAGUAUAAGCGUGAGGGAGCCAUUAGCCAAUAUAAUUGCGCAAACAAAAAGCGCUCAACAGCAAAGGCAAGCAACUCGGCGGAUGACCGAUCCUCACUAUGCAACAGUAUCCGACGAUUCUGACGAAAUGUAUGCUGCUAUAGACGAGCAAGACAAGGUCUACACAAGUGGUAGUGAAACUUAUGCUCAAAUUCAACCAAUGGCUGUUGAAAUUAACAGACCUGCUCCAAGUGAAGUAGCAGGCAUGCAAGGUACUUUGCGCACGGAGGAUCUAUACGCGUUAGUACCGCAACCGCCGAGUGUUGAUAGUCUCAGGCAUGUAGCCCACGCGCACUCGAGACAAGCAUCAUCAUCGAGCGCAACGAGUUCAGUGACAAAUCCAGGCUCGCCUAAGCCUGAAAAGCGACAGGCUAAUUCGCCGUUACCUCCGCCUCCUGACAAUCCCAUGGACAUGUACGCGAUAGUCGACAAGCGCAAUAAAACCGAUGAACGCAAAUCCCUGGAAGACAUGUACGCCAAAGUGAUUAAAAAGAAGCGUGACGUAAAAAAUCACGAGGACAGCGAAUCUGUCAGUAAUAGCGUCAAGAAGCUCAGUUUGAUCGAAAUGAGCCGAGCCUCAUGGUCCAGUCACGAUUCCGUUGAAAUCCUGAAACGUGAGUCCGACGUAUCGAUUCACGUUGUCAACGAACAGCAGUCCCAACAACAGCAACUCAGGGUGAAUGGUGAUAUCUACAACGAUGUAUUCGACAUGAACCACGAUUACGCCGCAGUGAUGGAUAAGCGAUUCAGUGACCCAGGUAGUGACGCCAAUUAUGAAACCUUGAGACCUUUGACUUUGAAUUCCGCUGCAGGACCAGGCGCAUCGAAUCCUAGAAAUGAAGUUGAUACGAUCCCCAUUUAUUCGCUGCCCUUCAAACCUCGACAGAUAAGUAAUGCGAGCAGUGAAGAUCCAGGCUACGAGCGCGUACGUUUGCGUAAGAGAGGGGCUAGUAGUUGCUGUGAAUAUACAGACACGGAUUCAGAGCCCAAUUAUGAAAGCAUGCCACACGAGCCUGUAGAACCAAACUAUGCCUCGGUAGCUGGCUGCCGAGGCGGGGCCCAUGACAGUGACGCCGAUCCAAAUUAUGAGAGCGUGAGCAACGGAGAUCCAAACUACGAGAGCGUCAAGUAUGAGAUCAUGAGCCUAGCGCAACAGCCGGUAAGUGAACCUCCUUACGAGAGACUGGCUGCUUACAAGGGCCAUUAUCACGACCCUGACUACGAGAGAAUAGAAUCGACGACAGCUGCUGUGGCUGGUAAUAGUGUAGACACUGAUGACGAGCAGUACGUACAGGUUUGAUGA